UUAAUUACACUUUGGAAUUCUAGAAUAAUAUAUUCUGUUUGUUUUGGCUAUUUGAUUGCAUGUACAAUGAAACCUGUCUAAUUCUGACAAUACACUGGGAGGCAUUAUAAGUACAGUGAAACCUGUCUAAUUCUGACAAUACACUGGGAGGCAUUAAGUACAGUGAAACCUGUCUAAUUCUGACAAUACACUGGGAGGCAUUAUAAGUACAGUGAAACCUGUCUAAUUCUGACAAUACACUGGGAGGCAUUAAGUACAGUGAAACCUUCUAAUUCUGACAAUAUACUGGGAGGCAUUAAGUACAGUGAAAACAAGUUUGUUCAAAUUAAGGGCCAUGGAGAUAAUAACAAAAUUGCAAAAAUAGGGUGGAGUCAUUUAAAAAUCCUCUAAAGAGCCACUGGGCCAAACGAGCUGAAAUUUACAUGAAAACUUCCUAAAAAAGUGCAGAUUCAAGUUUGUUAUUAUCAUGACACCCUGGGAGUAGGAUGGAGCCACAAUUGGGGAUCAUAUUUUUACAUACAAAUAUAUAGGGAGAAUCUUUAAAAAUGUUCUUCACAAGAAACAUUGGGCCAGAAAUGCUGAGAUUCACAUGAAAGCUUCCUGACAUAGUGCAGAAAUCACGGCUUUUGGGGGGUAGGAUGGAGCCAAAAUAGGGGAUCAAAGUUUUACAUGCAAAUAUAUAGGGAAAAUUGUCUCAAGAACCACUGGGCCAAGAAAGUAGAAAUUUACAUAAAAGUAUCCUGACAUUGUGCAGAUUCAAGUUUGUGAAAAUCAUGGUACCCGGAUGUAGAAUGGGGCCACAAUAGGGGAUCCAAGUUUUACAUACUAAUUUAUAGAGAAAAUCUAUAAAAAUCUUCUUCUGAAGAACCAUUGGGCCCAAAGAAGUUUACAGUUACAUGAAAGCUUCCUGACAUAGUGCAGAUUCAAGUUUGUAAAAGUCAUGGCCCCGGGGGUAGGUUGGGGCCACAAUAGGGAUGAAAAUUUUACAUUUGAAUAUAGUGCUCCCUUUAUAUAUUGCCAACUUUUGUUCAAGACGAAUUUGGGCAAUACAGCUGGGGUGGCAAUAUAAUGAAUUCAAUAUAAUGAAGAUUUUAAAUCCUUGUUAUUUCUUCCUCAGUCUUUACAGGAAGUCUGGUAUGAAAAGUUUGAAGGUUUUACUAAUAUUGUGGAGUCAACUGGAGUUGAUGAAGCAAGGUUCACAGACAAUUCACCGAGCAGUCAAAAGAAAUUCAAUUCAGUAAAUUUAUUAGGACUCCAUUCUGUAUAAACAUUUAGAUAAUCUUGAGUUUAAUUCAGCAAUUAUUUGUAAUUAACCUGACCACCUUGUCCAGACUGUCACACUUCACCACACUGCUCUCAAAGCACAGGUGUGAUUACUAAUGGGUUUUAUAGGUAAUUCACAUUAUUAUCAAGGGUAAACCCUUUAAAAUUCAACCAUUUGUUUUUGAAAAUCAGUGGCAUAUGGCAUUGUGCGGGGUUGGCAUAAUAACGGGGCAAUAUAUCGAGGGAGCACUGUAUAUGGGAGUCUUUAGAUAUGGGACAAGGUGACUCAGAUGAGCGAUGUGGCCCAUGGGCCUCUUGUUUUUGAUUUUGUAGAGAGAUAUCGUUUGAUUUCGGCCUUCAUGACACAUCACCGAAGGAUGACUACUGCCUUUUUGUCACCAAAACUUCAGCAAGUUCCUGAGAAAUCAUUAGGCAUCACUGUGGAAGAGUACAAAGCCAGACGGAGGAGUUUGAUGCAGCUAUGUGUGGAGAGUGAACCUCUUAAAAGUGUCCAUAACCAUCUCCUCUGUAUUCCUGCAGCACCUCUUUCAUACUUCAGUGUCAACAACCAUUGUCCAUUUCGACAAAACACAGAAUUCAACUACCUCUGUGGCUAUCUGGAGGCUAAUUGUGUUUUAUUUAUGUUCACAGAACCAGGAAAAAGUGUGGAAGAUUUUAAAUCCUUGUUAUUUCUUCCUCAGUCUUUACAGGAAGUCUGGUAUGAAAAGUUUGAAGGUUUUACUAAUAUUGUGGAGUCAACUGGAGUCGAUGAAGCAAGGUUCACAAAAGACAUUGCCAGUUUCCUAUCCACAUACAUAAAAGAUAAUAACAAAUUCACACUUUGGUAUAAUUAUCAAAAGACUGUUAACUCAGAAGUUCAUAGAUCUGUCAUGGCAGAUUUCUUGAGACAGGGAAAGUACAAGAAGCUAAAAAGUUUUGAUUACUAUGUUCAAUCGCUUCGCAUGGUGAAAUCCGAGGCAGAGAUUGCUCUUAUGAAGAGAAGCAUGGAAAUAACUUCUGCAGCGUUUAGAAGUGUCCAUGAUAUGAUUGAUGAAUGGAAAUCAAAGAGUCAGAAAGAACUUCUUUCAGAAUAUGAAAUUCAAGCAGUAUUGGAAUAUACUUGUUCUUUAAAUGGAGGAAGAUUAGCAUACAUUCCUGUUGUUGCAGGAGGUAACAGAGGAAACACUAUUCACUAUGUACAAAACAAUAAUAAACUGAAUCCAGAGGAGCUGUUGUUGAUAGACGCUGGCUGUGAAUACAAAGGAUACACCACAGACAUUACUCGAGUCAUCAAUAUUGCAGACAUGACUUUUGAACAAGAGGCCAUCAUAGGAAUAGUGCAGUUGAUACAGGAAACCUGUAUUAAGAUGUGCACACCUGAAUACAGCCUGAAUGAGAUCUAUAGAAAAAUGAUGGCAGUCCUUGGAGAGUAUGUCCAAACAUUGGGAUUCAUGGAUACAAAGCUGGAGGGACAGUUUAAUGGAGGAGCACAGUUAUUCUGUCCACAUCAUGUUGGUCACUAUUUAGGAAUGGAUUUGCAUGAUACACCUCUGGUUUCCAAGGAAAUGAAAUUACAACCAGGCACUAUACUAACUAUAGAACCAGGUUUGUAUUUUCGGCCGGAGUAUGUUCCAGAUAAAUUAUCCCAGUUCCGUGGAAUAGCUGUACGAUUAGAAGACAAUAUCCUAGUGACAAAAAGUGGACCAGUCAAUUUAUCUCAAAGUGUUUCUCCUCGUGAAAAAGUAUUUGCAUGUGAUGCUGAUUCCAUUCAGUCCAGUGUGGACAUUCACAAUUUCAUGGCAUCUUUGCGUAAGGGAAAGAUUUAGGUCAGCGGUAGAGAAUGCAAUUUUGUAUAUUUUUUUUAAGAAAAUAAAAGUUUUUCCAA